CCGUCUGGAUCCAAACUCCAGCCAGGGCAGUUGACUCCUGUCAGUCUGAGCAGCGCAGAACAACGCAUAUCUACUCCAUUUCACCCUGAGACCCUCUGCUUUCGUUGUAAAGGACCCCGAGAGUGCCACCGAACCCCAUUUGAAACCAUAAGCAGCACAGAGGCAAACACCAGGAACAGCACACAGAUUUCCAAGAAGGCCAAAAUGAGCGGAGAUAACCCGGCCCCGUACCUGGAUGGCAUCCCUCCAGACACGCUCCGUAAGGUGCAGCAGUACCUGAAGCCAUUCCAGCUGUCUAAGGAGAAGCUGAAGGAGGUUUCUGCCCGGCUUUACAAGGAUAUGCUUCUAGGUUUGGAGAGAGACCCUCCCUACGAUGCGGCCGUCAAGAUGCUGCCCACCUUCGUCAGGGCCACACCAGACAGGACGGACCGCGGCGACUUCCUGGCGUUGGAUCUCGGUGGAACAAACUUGCGAGUAAUUCACGUCCGUGUGGUGGAGGGGAAUCCGCAAGUGCUGUACAGUGAGAGCACUACCAUCACGACGGAAAUUAAGGAAGGAACUGGAGAAGCGUUGUUCGACCUCAUCGCCGCCUGUCUCGGUGAUUUCCUCGUCUCUCGGGAUCUGAAUGGACAAACUCUUCCUCUGGGCUUCACCUUCUCCUUCCCCUGCGAACAAAGAGAAAUAGACGAGAGCAUCCUGAUCCGCUGGACCAAAGGCUUCAAAUGCUCCGGAGUGGAGGGCAGAGAUGUGGUGCAGUUACUGAAAGAGGCCAUUCGCAGGAGAGGGGACUAUGAUAUACACUCAGUUGCCAUGGUGAACGACACAGUGGGCACGAUGAUGAGCUGCGGCUACGACCAACGCUGCGAGAUCGGCAUGAUCAUCGGGACGGGAACCAACGCCUGCUACAUGGAGGAGAUAAAGAACAUGAAGCGCGUGGCGGGCGAGGACGGGCAGAUGUGCAUCAACACGGAGUGGGGGGGCUUCGGAGACGACGGCUCCCUGAAAGACAUCCAGACGGAGUUUGACGUGGAGGUGGACAAGACGUCUGACAACCGCGGUGUCCAUAUCUUUGAGAAGAUGAUCAGCGGCAUGUAUUUGGGAGAAAUCGUUCGGCUGCUGCUGGUGAGGCUGGCGGAGGACAAGCUGCUGUUUAAGGGACGGACAUCGGAGGCGCUGCGGACCCCGUUUACAUUUGAGACCAAGUUCAUCUCUGAGAUUGAGGAGCAGGACAGCGGUCUGGUAAACACCCUGAGGAUUCUGACCGACUUGGGAUUGGAAUGGGAAUCGGUCGACUGCGCCAUCGUACGUCUGGUCUGCGAAACCAUCUCCUCGCGCUCCGCCAAUCUCUGUGCCGCUGCCCUGGCAACCAUCGCCAACCGUAUCCGUACCAACCGCGGGCUGGACCAUCUGGAGACCACCGUGGGGGUGGACGGGACAGUCUACAGAGAACACCCCAAGUUCAGCAUGAGGCUGCAGGAGACGGUGUGCCUCCUCGCCCCCCUGUGUGACAUCACCUUCCACGUCACGGAGGAAGCCAGCGGGAAGGGCGCUGCCAUGGUGGCGGCCGUGGCUCAGCGGCUGGCCGCUGAGCCGGCUGGCCAGUGAAUUCCUGACUCCACUCCAACAUAACUAAUCACAUAACUAAUAGCAUAAUAAGUUAAGUCAUAGAAUAAAAGUUACGUUUAAAACAUGAAUAAAUAAGAAGCUAGAGCUAAAAGAUAUACCACCCAGACUACCUCUACUCAUAAAUAAAACAAAAACGUUGUACUGUUACAAACUCAACUUGAAUGGCGUUUGAACAUUAAAGGUUCCCUGUGGAGUUUUAGACCUCUACGGUGCUGUUUUUCAAAAAGUCAACAUUUGGGCAACGUUCAUUGGUUGAAAGUGUCAUUGGUCAUUUUCACAUAGCCUUCAUACCUAAACUAUACUGAACAAAUCUAAACUAUACUUGGAUUUUUACAUUUACAAUUAUUUUUGUAUAAAUGUAAUGAAGUACUUUGAUUUCUUUGGUAUUUAAUUUACUGGAUUACAAAUAUUUUAAUAAAUUGCUAUUUUCUGGGAGAUGUAUUAUAUUCUGUGAUUGAAAUUUAUUAAUUCCAUAUCGCCUCCCCCAAACCUGCCACACAUUAGAAGAAGUGACAUGAGCCUCAUUUAUAUAUAUUUCAACCAUUUAAAAGGUCCAAUGUGUGGGAAUUUCUCCAAUCUAGCGUUGAGAUCAUAUAU